AUGAGUGAAAUAAAAACAAACAGGUCUUUAUUAUACAACCUGGAAUCAGACUAUGAUUCUGAUACGUCAGAUUAUGUUGUACCAAAACUAGAAUUUGAACUUAAGGAAGUUGAGGAAAACGAUAAUGAAGAUAAUAAAGGAGGAAUACAAGAAUCAAAUGGUUCAGAUGCCGAAUUUGACUUUCCUUUGUUUGCUGCCAGUGACACCGUUGUUGAAGAUCGAGGUCGAAGUAAAGAGGCUAAACCAUCAAUAAUGAAAGUUUCACUUCGGGAACAAUCUGAAGAAAGAGUCAUCAACGAAAGACCCGAAUCCUUUUAUUUUGCCAAAUACACAGAUAAACAAAGAGAGCAAUUCCAACAAUGUGCAGUAAGCAGUGACGAUAUUUACCAACAGAUGUAUAUUGUUGAUACUCGGCCAUGGAAAUGUCUAAACUUAAAUGAAUAUAAUGCAAAAAUAGAGAGUGAAAUAGCUAGACAGAAGGCAAAGUGUCGCAAGAACAGACCAGGUAAGAAGAAAAGACAAUUAAAGAUUGUGUGUCGUCAAAGGAAGCUAGAAAAAGCAAAGAUGAAGAAACUAGAAGAAGAAAAAUUGAAAAAACUAAUGAAGAAACAGAAGUUUCAACAAAAGUUUAAUGGUAAACCCAAUCAAAGACAAGGAAAAGGUAGAAAACCAAUGGCUGGGAAUAAAAAACAACCACCGAAACCAAAAUAUAGAACUGAAUAA